AGGCUUUUGUCUGCCAAUAGAGAUGCCUGGAAAAGACGCUUCUCUUCCCACGGCUAUAAAACCCGGGAGAGAAGCACGGUGAAAGUGGGGAAGAAAAAAACAUUUCUUUUAGUUCUAGAAAUCCAAAAAUAAAAAAAACCAAGAAAAAAAAAAGUCCCUAGUUUCUAGCAGGCGGUAUUAUACCAAGGAUCUUCAAAAAAAAAAUCCAAAAAAGAGAGAAAGAAAAUCAAAAAAAUUCUGGAGAGAAGGGUUUUAUUUAGGGCUUCUGUGAUUUUGGAAGAAAAGAGGAGUUCAGAAGGGUGAGAAAAGGAGAGAAGAUCAGUGUUUGAGUGGUGGAGCAGCGGUAGCUUAAGGGUAGAGGUUUUGGUGUGGAGAGGAGAAGGGAGAAAGAAAGAAGAAAGGGUUUUAGGUUAGGCCAUGUAGAAACGACGCCGUUUAAGGGGGAAUAGGAGAGUCAAAGGGCGUUGCGUUGGGGGACUUUGUUUUGCUGCACUAAAUGGUGCAUUUGGAGUUUGAAAGUGAGCCAAGCUUGUGAAAUCCCAUUACACUCUUCCGAAGCUUGAUUUGUUGAAGUCUUGAGACAAGCCCAUUGACCUCAGCUGGACCUAGAGAACAGGCCUUGAAGCAGACCCCUUGGUUUUGGGACUUUGAGCUCAGGCCGUGAGCCUUCCAUCAAACCCAAGAUUCUUAGGCAAUUUCUGCCCAAGCUUAGAGACUAAGAGAGAUUGGAACAGCGGCUUGUCAGAUCGGAUAGGGAAACAUGAAGAAACAAGAAAGUGUUUCUCAGACACACGUACUGGUUUUGCCAUUGCCUGCCCAAGGCCACAUCAAUCCCGUACUACAGUUCUCGAAACGCCUGGGUUAUGAAGGGCUGGAAGUCACAGUAUGCACCGCCUCUGUUAAUAAGUCUAUGCCUGUCCAAGUUGGUCCUGUAAAACUUGAGCCAGUUGCUGAUGACCUUCAAGUAGACAAUGAUCUAAAAACAGUCGAUCUGGAACAAUUCAAGGCAGUUGUGACCCUAAGACUACCACAGAUCAUCGCGAAGCUAGGCAUAAGUUGCCUAGUUUACGACGCACACUUCCCCUGGGCACUCGACAUAGCCAAAAAGCUAGGCGUCCCUGCAGCUGCAUUCUUCACUCAAUCGUGUGCUGUUGAUACCAUCUACUACAACGUCCAUGAAGGAUUGGUGAAGCUUCCACUUGCCGAGUCCUCUUUGUCCAUUGAUGGCUUGCCACUGCUUCAAGAAUGCGACCUGCCAUCAUUUGUUUAUGAUAUAGGAUCCUAUCCAGCCUUCUUACACAUUCUUGUUAAUCAGUUCUCAAAUUUCCUGGAAGCUGACUGGGUCUUUAUUAAUACUUUCACCAGCAUAGAAGAGGAGGUACUAAACUGGAUGGCCAGCCAGAGACCGAUCAAGGCUGUUGGACCUGCAAUUCCAUCAAAGUACCUAGAUAAACGAGUGGAGGAUGACGAAGAGUAUGGCUUACACCUCUUCAAGCCGGAGAUCGACAUUUGCAUUAAUUGGUUAAACUCAAAAGAAACUGGCUCAGUUGUUUACAUAUCAUUUGGAAGCCUGGCGGCCUUAGGAGAAGAGCAAAUGCAGGAGCUCGCAUCAGGCCUACAGAGCAGCAACAGCUACUUCCUGUGGGUAGUUAGAGAACCAGAACAGAAAAAGCUUCCUGCCAGCUUCAUAGCCGAGACUUCAGAGAAGGGGCUGGUAGUUUCAUGGAGUCCUCAAUUAGAAGUUUUGGCUCACGAGGCAGUUGGCUGCUUCAUGACUCACUGCGGUUGGAAUUCAACACUGGAGGCGUUGAGCUUGGGGGUGCCUAUGGUAGCCGUGCCGCAAUGGACAGACCAAACAACUAAUGCAAAAUAUGUUACGGAUGUGUGGCAGGCCGGAAUCAGAGCUAGGAAGGAUGACAAAGGGAUCAUCACCAAGGAAGAGAUACAACGGUGUAUAAGGGAAAUCAUGGAAGGAGAUAAAAGCAAGGAUAUAAAAAGGAAUGCAGAGAAAUGGAAGAAACUAGCCGUGGAGGCAGUUAAUGUCGGUGGAAGCUCAGACAAGAACAUAAAAGAAUUCGUCGCAAAACUUACAUGCAAUUAGCAGCCAAUUACUUUUAAGUUAGUAAGUGCACCAUGCACAUUCCCCUUUAGCACUACAAUAAGAAAAAGAAAGUGCAAGCAAAACCCCCACUUCCCACUCUCUGUUUUUCCAUCCUAUUUAUUUCUGAAAAACAGAGUACAAAAGUACUUAACCCAAAUGAAAUAAUCAAGCAAAUUAAACCAUUCUUAAUC